UUUCUCCUGAUAUUGCAAUCAGAGCAGUUCGACUUUCCGAAGAUAUUAUCAUGAGAGAGAAGAUUGAUGGAGAGUUUAAGGAAAAUUCCGAGGGCAGGCGAAGAUUGCCUUGGUACUAUGCUCCUUCCUUUCUACUCCUCUGGCUGGCGCUCUUCUUUGCCAUCGUGAUCCCACUGUACAACAGACUUCCGGAAAGGGUGACCAUCGCUGAGGAACCUUCAAAGCGGGGAGAGUUCGUGGCGGGAAGGGCAGAGAAACAGCUCCAUGACUUUGAGCGAAUUGGACCCAAAGUUGUGGGCAGUCGAGCGAAUGAGGUAGAAACGGUUGAGUUUCUCUUGGCCGAAGUGGAAAAGAUUAAAAUGGAGUUGCGCAGCGAUCUUUAUGAGCUGGAUGUUGAGGUUCAGUCGCCUUCUGGUGGAUUUUUGAUUGCGGGUAUGUGGAACAUGUACCAAGGCAUCCAGAAUGUCAUCGUUAAGUUAAGUACGAAGGAGUCGCAGAGUGAGUCUUACCUGCUGAUCAACAGUCAUUUCGACUCAAAGCCAGGAAGUCCAGGAUCCGGAGAUGAUGGCGUCAUGGUUGUGGUGAUGUUGGAGGUCCUACGACAAAUGGCGACAUCCGAGACACCAUUUCAACACGGAAUUAUCUUUCUGUUCAAUGGCGCCGAAGAAAACGCCCUUCAGGGAGCCCACGGCUUUAUCACGCAACACAAAUGGGCUCCAAAUUGCAGAGCCCUUAUAAACCUCGAGUCGGGCGGCAGCGGUGGGCGGGAUCUAUUAUUCCAGAGUGGACCCAAUACUCCUUGGCUGAUGAAGUACUACAGGCAGCAUGCUAAACAUCCUUUUGCAACUACACUAGCCGAGGAAACGUGGCAGGCUGGUAUUAUACCAUCCGACACGGAUUUCCGCAUUUUUCGGGACUUCGGAAACGUGCCUGGUCUGGACAUCGCACAGGCCAAUAAUGGCUAUGUAUACCAUACAGCUUUCGACACCUUUAAAGUAAUUCCUGGAGGAUCUAUUCAGAACACGGGGAACAACAUUCUUGCACUUGCACGGGCUUACGCAAAUGCCAGUGAAUUAAGCGAGACAGAGAAAACUGAUGAUAGCCAUGCCGUCUUCUUUGACUUCCUCGGACUGUUCUUUGUUUACUACACGGAGUCCACUGGCAUUGUCCUGAACACCGUGAUUGGAGUGCUAAGUUUGGUUUUGGUGGGUUGCUCUCUCUGGAGAAUGUCCUGCCAGUCGGAGAAGGUAUCGAUUGGCCAGGUUUUGAUCCAGUUCCUUAUUAUCUUGGGACUGCACGUGGUGGGCUUAUUGCUAAGCAUUUGCCUGCCUCUUCUGAUGGCGGUUCUAUUCGAUGCUGGAGAUCGAUCUCUGACCUACUUCACCAGCAAUUGGUUGGUUUUUGGCCUCUACGUGUGUCCCGCCAUCAUCGGGCUGGUACUCCCGUUGACCCUGUACCUCACCCUGCUGCCCAAUAAUAAGCUGAGCCACCCAUAUCUCAUCCAAAUGAGUUUGCACGCAGAAUUCGUUUUUUUGGCCUUGUUGAUUCUUAUUUUAACGGCUAUUGGUACGCGUUCCCAAUACUUGUGCCUCAUAUCAUUGAUCUUUUAUGGAGGUGCUGUGUUGAUAAAUCUGAUAAGUACAUUGCAUGACCGCGGCUACUAUUGGUCCAUCAGUGUGGUAUCUUUUCAGGUGAUUCCUUUUUGUUACUUUUCCUACCUGUUCUACAUGUUGCUGGUCGUAUUCUUUCCGAUAACUGGAAGAAACGGAAUAAGCUCGAAUCCGGAUCUGAUUAUAGCACUCUUGUGUGGCUUUUGCACGUACUUUGCACUGGGAUUUGUUGCUCAAUUCAUCAAUGUAUUUCGCUGGCCAAAGCUCAUUCUCCUUGGUUUGGGAGUGGUGACCUUCAUCUUUUGCAUGAUUGCUGUUUCGGAAGUGGGAUUCCCAUAUCGCCCCAAGACCAACGUGAUGCGUGUUCAUUUCAUGCAAACUAAACGAAUAUUCUAUGACUACGAUGGAACGGUGACUCACAGUGAUUCUGGAUACUACUUCAUAUACCAGGAUAGACGCGGUCUGAGUCCGCUAAAGGACUUCAAUGUCAACCUGACUGGUCUAACCUCAAUGGAGCCUGAUUGCGAUAAGUACGUGAUGUGUGGGGCUCCGUGCUUUAACUUUUGUGGUGGACGAAGAAGAGCUGGUUGGCUGCCUCGUGAUGUUAGCAUACCUGGGGAUAUAACCUUGGAGCUAUUGGAGAAAUCGGUACUCCCGGAUGGCAAGACCACUCGAUUUGAGUUUGAGCUGACUGGACCGCCCCAAAUGAACGUGUUCAUCCAGCCAGUGGGUGUUGCCAAGGUGACGGAUUGGUCCUUCGAUCGAAAACUAUUGGAGGAUACAUACCAACCACCCUACGUUGCAUACAUUUCAUAUGGCAUAGACGAAAGUCCCCUGAAGUUCUUUGUUCAAUUGAUGAAGACCGAUGGUGAUCUUAGUGGUCCUCUCAUGGAAAUCGGAGUCGUUGGACAUUUUAUCAGCUACGAAUUUGAUAGGGAUGCACAUGCUAAGGAAUUUUUGUCCGAUCUACCCAACUAUGUUCAUGCAAUGGAAUGGCCCGCAAUAUUUAAAGGAUACAUAUUUUAGAAAGUUUGAAUACAUUUUUAAUGAAUUUUAA